GUCGUUGUCUAAGUAUACCAUUAAUGACUGUGUUGUAUUGUUUUUUAGAAACACAUUUUUGAAGAGCGUAUAUAUAUAUUUUACAUAAUUAAAAGGGAAAACCGUUGGUACCCAGCUAUGAGUUCACCACAAGCUGCCAAGUACCUGGCACAGAUAAUAAUUACAGGUGGUCAAGUGGUAAUUAGAGCUUUCACACGUGCUCUGCGUCAGGAAUUUGCUGCCAGUCAGCAGGCCGCGCAGAAAGCAGGCGGAGGUAGGCAGGGAGCUCGCAGAGCAGCGGCUGAUUCAGUCACAGGAAUGUCACUUCAGGAAGCCAAACAGAUAUUGAAUAUCAGCGAUGCAAAAGAUAAAGAAUCAAUUCUUAACAAUUAUGAACACUUAUUUUCGGUUAACGACAAGUCCAAAGGAGGGUCAUUCUACCUGCAAUCAAAGGUUGUACGUGCUAAAGAAAGAUUUGAAAUGGAUAUGAAAGAUUCUGAUAAAAAGACUGUGAAAGAAGAAACUUGAUGUAUGCAUGUCAUUAGUGUUUGUGACUUGCAAUUAUGUAUGUGUGAAACAAUCUGUUAUUGUCAUGUAGAAAUUUAUGUAAAAAUAUUUACAUAUUAACACAUCAAAGAGCAAGCAGGUGACCGCAGUCUCCAUUAGCCAACUCUGGUUGCUGUUAUAUUACUGUAACUGUGUUACAGGCUUCUUAAAGAGAUGGCCUUUCAUUGGUGGUAAAGAAAAUAAUUAAUUAGCCUGCAGUCGGAUUUGUGAAAAAUAGGUCUUACGUUCAAAUCUGUAUGAGUGGAAGUGACUGUUCUACUGAGGAGAGGAGAUAAACAUUUUCAUAUAAAAUAUAUGCUGGAGGUUUAUGAAGAAUCAUGUUUGAUGUACAAGAAUGUCAUAUUUAAAAUAAUUAACUGUCAUUUAUGAUGGUCAAUACAUAUACUACCUGUACAUUGGUUUUGCCAACUGAUGUCCUUAAUGGAGGAUUAAAAAUAAAUUUAUU